UUACAACGACGGUUGAAUGAAGAGACCAAGGCGUGGAUGCGAAUCGACUUGACCAAGGUGGACAAGAAGGUGGAUGUCCGAUGGCGGGCUAUACGGAUACCAGUGCCGCCUCGUCUGGAUGAUAGCGAGUCGUAUUCCGAGUUUAGCACGCAUUCUCAUUCACGGACGAAUUCCUGGGAGGAGGAUGUGGAAGCGUUGGGCGGUGCGGGGCUGGCGAGGAGUGAUAGUAUGGGUCGACAGAGCAUGUUUGAGGGGGAGGAGGUGGUAGAGCGUCGGGUGUAA